UCAAAGUGAGCGAUGGAUGAUGAAAAUGAAUGACCCAUUACUUCUCUCAACAGUUUCUAUGCAGAGGAAAAUUGAAAUUCUACUUUCUUCCUUUUUUCUCUCUUUUCUGUUUUUCCCUCUCUCUUUUCCCAUCAUUUCCACUGUUCCUGCCUUCUUUAAUCAUUUCCCAUAAUUUUCUUUUUCCCCUCUUUGUCUUCUUCCCUUCCCACCUACUAAUUUCAAAAUCCCUCUCAGUCUUCACCCAUUUCCCCCCUUUCCUCGCUCGUCAAUGGCGAUUUGAUCGCCGACUCCUGGUGUGGAUCCAGUGGCUCGUUCUGAUCUCGCCACCUCAUCUGGGGCCGGCGUUUGGUGGGUCCGGCGAUUGACGUGGAGAAAUCGGAGGUGGGUUCUGCAGGCGACUCGGAUUUUGUUCAUAAGCCAGUAGAAAAAAACUGCCCUCUUCCUUCCCCACCCCUUUGUCGGUUUUUCAUAUGCCCUGAAAUUGACUCCUGGGUCUUCUUCUUCCACCGGCCAUCUUCUUUAUUUCUUCCUCUCUCUCUCUCUUCAGCCAUUCUGCAGAAUCGCAUCUAACGAGAGAGAGAGAGAGCUCUAAUGGAGUACGAGAGGAUUCACAAAGUUCAGACAGGUAUAAUUUCUCCCAGUAAACUGAGGAUGAAGCUCAUGGGGCCUCAUCACCAUAAGAAAAAGGAUGGAUCAAACAGCAACUCUUCAAGAACUUCUCCUUCUAAGCUUGAGGAUUCUGAGUUUGUCAGAAACAGUUUAUUGGCCACAGAGAGUGGUAACUUUGAUGAGGAAGUGACAUCUUCCUGCUUGGAAGUUCCCUCCGAAAAGGUUUUGGAUCGGUCAGUUUCAGACCCAAAACACAGUGAUCGAUCUUCGGGUCUGCCAAAAGAGUUUCUCUCAAAGGAGAAUGGUGAAGCGGUUCGAAAUAGAAUGCAGCUAUGUCUGAAAGGCGAUAGUUGUAAUUCAAGCACGGUUCACCCUUCAAAAUUGAUGGAAGAUGAAAAUCUGGAUUAUGACAGUAAUGCAAGUUCAUCCAGUUUUGAGUUCCAUAAGGGGGAGAGGUCUGUACACAGUUCCAUUUCGAGGUCGCACUUAAGACCAAUGUCGUCAAAGUGGAACGAUGCCGAGAAAUGGAUAAUGAAUCGUCAAAAUAACGGACUGACUGCAAAUUAUCCUAAGAAGAACGUUCCGCAAAACCAAGGAAAUAGAAUGGCAGUGACAAAUAUGGUGAGGGUUGCUCCAGAAUUGAACUCUGAGCUUCGGUCGUCAAUUGGUAGAGCGGUGGAUGCGAAGCAGGUGGAUUUCUGUCAACCUGGAAUGCAGAUGGGGCCUGAGAAGUUCUCUUUUGUGCCUGGUGGAACAUACUCCUACGCAGAUAAUGUGUUGAUUGAUCCAUGUUCUCAAAUUAAGGACUUGAAAGAAGUGGAUCACAAGCCAUCCUCAAAAGCUAGUAAAGAAGAUUCUACAGGCAUCCCUGCAGUUAGAGCAGUUUCAAUGAGAGAUAUGGGAACAGAAAUGACCCCAGUCCCUAGCCAAGAGCCUUCAAGAACGGCUACUCCUGUCGGGGCAUCUCCGCUUCGCAGCCCAACGUCUUCAAUCCCCUCCACACCUCGGAGAGAUACACCAGCUCCAACUCCUACAGAGCAAUUUGCUUCAGGGUUACAGCAUUCAGCAGAAAAUGGCAAAAAGGAACUAUCAGAAGACGAAAUAAAGCUCAAGACAAGAAGGGAGAUUCUAGCUCUCGGUAUGCAGCUUGGCAAGACAAAUAUUGCUGCCUGGGCAAGUAAGGAUGAGCCAGAAAAGAAACGACAGAAUGCUGAAAAUGCUGCAAAGGAGGCACUCGAGCGGGCGGAGUUUGAAAAGCGUGCAGCUGUGUGGGAGGAAGUUGAAAAGUCUAAACAUAUGGCAAGAUUUAAACGCGAAGAGAUCCAAAUCCAAGCAUGGGAAAGCCAGCAGAAAACGAAGCUAGAAGCCGAAAUGCGGAGAGUAGAGGCCCAAGUUGAACAAAUGAGAGCUCAAGCUGAAGUGAAGAUGAUGAAGAAGAUUGCAAUGACAAGGCAAAAGUCAGAUGAGAAACGGGCAGCGGCCGAGUGUCGAAAGAAGCAGGAGGCAGAAAGAACAGCAGCCCAGGCCGAACAUAUUCGGCAGACGGGACGAAUGCCAUCCUCCCCUUACAUUUGCUGUGGUUGGUUGUGAUAAAAUCUAAAACCCAUGAGAAAAGUGAAGAAGAGAACAAUGAAUGAUCAAACUUGUAUCUAUGAAGCAGCUUCAGUUAGCUACCAGAAGAGAAUUUUGCAUUUAAUGAAUUAAAACCUUACCUCAAGAGUGUUCAUAUUGAAUAAACAGAGUUCAGUAACUUCAUUUUCUUGAUGAAAAAUCUAAAAAGGAAAAGAAAGCUAUUUUUCCUACCUUUUUGUACUUAAUACAGGGAAUGAUUGCCUUUGUGCACUGGAUUUGGCUUGAUUUUUAGUGGAAAUUGAGUUGAUCAAAGAUUAGAUGGUUGGAGAAGAA